GGAGCUUCCCCGCUGGCCUGGCUCGUUCCUAGCGCGUCCCAGCUCCGGCGGGGACGGGAGCCGACGGCGACAGCGCCCGUGCCGGGCUGUGUAAUUCCAGCGGCGGCGGCGGCGGCUGCGGGAGGCAGCCCAAAGUAGUGACGCCCGGUGGGAAAGUGAGCCGAGCCAGCGCGGAGCCCGCGGAGCCCCCGCGACCCCCCGGCGGCCGCAGCAUGAAGUGGCGCAGCGAUGGCCAGGAGAGGUAAGAAGCCGGUGGUGCGGACGCUGGAGGAUCUGACGCUGGACUCGGGUUAUGGUGGCGCGGCGGACUCGGUGCGCUCCUCCAACUUGUCCCUGUGUUGCUCCGACUCGCACCCGGCGUCGUCCCCGUAUGGCGGGAGCUGCUGGCCGCCUCUAGCUGACUCCAUGCACAGCCGGCACAACAGCUUUGACACGGUCAACACUGCCCUGGUGGAAGACUCCGAGGGGCUGGACUGCGCCGGCCAGCACUGUUCGCGGCUGCUGCCGGACCUCGACGAGGUCCCCUGGACCCUCCAGGAGCUGGAGGCGCUGCUGCUGCGCUCUCGGGACCCCCGGGCAGGCCCGGCGCCCCCCGGCAGCCUGCCCAAGGACGCGCUGGCCAAGCUAUCGAUGCUGGUGAGCCGGGCGCUGGUGCGCAUCGCCAAAGAGGCGCAGCGCCUGAGCCUGCGCUUCGCCAAGUGCACCAAGUAUGAGAUCCAGAGCGCCAUGGAGAUCGUGCUGUCCUGGAGCCUGGCUGCGCACUGCACCGCGGCCGCCCUGGCCGCCCUGUCCCUCUAUAACAUGAGCAGCGCCGGCGGCGACCGCCUGGGCCGCGGGAAGUCGGCGCGCUGCGGCCUCACCUUCUCCGUGGGCCGCGUGUACCGCUGGAUGGUGGACAGCCGCGUGGCGCUGCGCAUCCACGAGCACGCAGCCAUCUACCUGACCGCCUGCAUGGAGAGCCUCUUCCGGGACAUCUACUCCCGGGUGGUGGCCUCCGGGCUACCCCGGAGCUGCGGUGGCCCGGGCUCGGGCUCCGGUUCCGGUUCCGGCUCCGGCCCAGGCCCCAGCUCAGGCCCGGGUGCGUCCUACCUGACUCCUAAGCUGGUCCUGAUGGAGUCAGCUGUGGAAAGCAAUUCUAGUCAACAGCCAUCCUUUGCUGCUGUGUCUGAACUGGAUGCAAAUCAUUUGGCACCUGCUAUUGAAUUUCCACAACAAAUGAGCCGGGGGCAGAAGUCUGUGUUCCAGACUCACCUGCUGGCCUGCAGUGGCUUCCUUCGACUAUUGGCUGCUGUUCAGAUUUGCUGUCUCCCUAAUCAGGCCUUCAUCAUUCUGGACUUGGGGGAGGUGGUGGAUGGACUUGUGGAUGCAAGGCCUAGCGAGGCAGAAGAAGUGGGCCUGUGGCCCAUGCCCUACAUGGCAGAUCUGGACAUGUUCCUGGCCUUCUCCAUAGUCCUGAGCCUGGCAUGGCUUAGCUAG